AUGUGAAGCCGCCUGAAAGGGAGACAGCUGCGUCGCUGCAACAGCUUGGGCAGCCGUUAUUAUCUUCCCAGUCGCAACCCUCCUGCUCCUGGAGCUUCGUGCAGGCGGAGCGAGGCCGGGAUGGCAGGAGGAGAUGCCGGGGACGGUGCUCUGCUACGUCCUGGGGCCUCUGGGCCGGCUCCUCCGGGCUUUGCAAGCAGAUGCUUUCUUUACAUGUCAAAAGAAGGUACUUUUGGCAAAGAGUACAAACACCCAUAUAGACAACUUUCCUGCUUCAGUCAGUGGGAAGCCAGUCUCAGAGGAGCAGCAAGCCCUGCUGCAGCAGUGGCUAGAGGAAGGAGCUGGUGAGGUGCACCCCAAUGAGAGUGCUUCAAAACUAGAGAAGGUAUCAGCUAUUCCAGCUACCGUGUGGCGGGAAGGACCAGAGCUACUGAUGACAAGCUUAAGUGACCUGAACAUAUCACCACAGUCUGGUGACCAGGAGCAGCCACAACAACAGCAUGUGGGCCAAACUGAAGUGUCUCCUGAAUUACAGGAGUUUGUAGAAACUACACUGUCAAAUUUACCAGCAGAGGAGAGAGAGGCCCUUGGGGACAGUGCUAUAGGGGGAGCAGUAAGGACACAAACUGAUCCUAGGAUUGGUGAUGGUGUUCCUCUGUCCACAGAAGUGUGGAUUGAAGAUCCUGCUGUCUUAGCUUGGACUCCUGCCCAGGAGAGUGAUGUGGGGUCAAUGGAGGGAGCAGUCUGGCCUUUUGAGAACACAGGUCAAUUUGAGCCACUUCCAAUUGAGAUACCUUAUCAUGAGAUUCUGUGGAGAGACUGGGAAGAUCUUUCUGCUCAAGCUUGCAUUCCAGAGCUUGGCUUAGAGGCUGGUUCUCUGUUUGAAUUCAGAGUCAUGUCCUACAACAUUCUGGCCCAGGAUCUGAUAGAGCAGAGCCCUCAUCUCUACAUGCAUUGUCAUCCAGACAUUCUGAACUGGAGCUAUCGUCUUACCAAUCUCUUACAAGAAAUUCAGCACUGGGAUCCUGAUAUUCUCUGUCUCCAAGAAGUUCAGGAGAAUCACUAUUGGGAGCAACUGGAACCAGCACUUAUGAUGAUGGGCUUUACCUGUGUCUUCAAGCGGAGGACAGGAAGUAAGACAGACGGAUGUGCAAUCUGCUACAAGCAGGGCAUGUUCCAACUGAUCACCGUGAACCCUGUAGAAUUCUUUCGGCCUGGCCUAGACAUCCUUAACAGAGACAAUGUUGGUCUGUUGUUACUGCUGCAGCCCUUACUUCCAGAAGGUUUGGGAGACAAGGCAGUCAGUCCCUUAUGUGUGGCAAACACUCAUCUGUUGUACAAUCCUCGUCGGGGAGAUAUCAAACUAGCCCAGAUGGCUUUACUUCUGGCAGAAAUAGACAAGACUGCAAAAAUGGCUGAUGGCAGUUACUGCCCUGUCAUCCUGUGUGGGGACCUGAAUUCUGUGCCUGACUCACCACUGUAUAAGUUCAUUAGGAAUGGACAGUUGUACUACCAUGGGAUGCCAGCCUGGAAGGGAGCAAUUUCCUUCGUGCAGGUAUCCAGGCAAUAUUCAACAUGGCUUCAACCUGACCUCUGUCUACAGCCACUUCCUUCCUGCAAGAGGUCGUCCUGAGAUUACAACCAUGCCAAUGGGAGCGGGAGCCAAUGUGGAUUAUAUAUUCUACUCAGCAAACCCAAUCAAGAAUGAUAAUCAAGAAUGUCGCAGGAUGUACCAAGAUGGAGCCCUAAAGCUGCUUGGACGUCUUUCCCUCCUCUCUGAAGACAUUCUUUGGACAGCAAAUGGCUUGCCGAACCCUUUCUAUUCAUCAGAUCAUCUAUGUCUACUGGCCAGUUUU